ACAUUUUACUUGUUUUUUAUGAAACCUCAACGAAAACAGUUAAGCCGUUGUUUUUGUUUAAGCAAUCACAAACAUUCAAUGAGUUUAUAAGUGGCUUAUGGAAGUUUACAAUUUCUGUCUUGGAGCUCCUGUAGUGUAUUUGUUUAAAAUUGAGUAGGAACAUGUGUGUGUUUUACAGUAAGAGCACAUAUUGUUUGUUCUAUUGAUAUCAGCCUAUUUUGCAUAUAUCUUUUAGUAUGAGUAUUUGCCUUUUUUAUAGUUCCAUUCUACUUAGAAGUCUGUUGUCUUGUUCGUUUUGCUAUACGGCGCUCAUUUGCUUCUGCUGCUGUUUCGGAGGCUGUUCUUAUUCUUCUGACUCGACAGAGUUUUCGCUGUUUUAAACCAUAAUCGCUUUGAUAUGCUACGGCCGGUUAUUAGGCUAUAAACCUGACGGACGCAAAACCAGACAGCUUCGUUCACAAUACGACCUACAUAUAUUUACACAUACAGUUUGUCAUGCAACACACUUAUUAAGCACACUUAUUCAUAUAACACAAUUUUUACACUGGUGAUAAAUCGAACCAAAAAGUGCUCUGGGUCGGUUUGUCCCUUGUAAAUUAUGGUGCGGCGUUGUCUUUAAAUAUGGAAAAAAAAGAAAUAACUGCUGUUAGUUUAUGGCCAACUAAAUUAGCAUUACCUACUAUGGCAAAAAGCAAGUCACGAAAAAGCAUUUGACCUGGCGGCUCCAUCUUUCCAAGCAGGAACUUUAGCUACCCACCAAAAACCAGCCCAAUUCGACAAGUUUAAGGGAUCAUUUUCGAUAAGAAAGUGCCAUCACGUAAGAUUUUUCAGUGGGAUAAAUUGAUUAACCUGCUCCCUUCUUCAGCUCAACAUUAACAAAACGAAUGGCUGAGACUAAAUGCGGCACUUUCGUCGAAUUUCGGCGGAAUCCGAAGAAUCUUAUCCUUAAUGCUCGGAACAAAUUGGGCAAUCUUUGCUCGGACUCUACGGUCCGGUAGCGCUCCAUUAACCCUAACGGCUCAACAAGAUGGCAGGGAUGUCGCAGCAAGGAGUAGUUGAAGAGAUUACUGUAGAGGAAAUGGACACCCUCGGCCAUCAAGAAGCCGAAGAGGAGAAAGAAGGUCAGGAGUCACAGGAUGAUUGUCAGGAGGGUGUCGUUGAGGUGGUCCAGUUCACGCAGGGUGUUGGGCCCCAAGGUGAGAAAGAAACUGUUGUCGAGACUGUCGAGUUAGACGGAAUCCCUCAAGAUGCUGUACCCAGCGAUUCCAAAAUUUAUAAGAGCUUCAAAUGCCAUCUAUGCAAAAUCUACUUCAAUCGACUUCAUUCGCUAAAAUCGCAUAUUAAUUUGUUGCAUCCUGAAUUGGACUGGAAUGAGCUUUAUCGUACGACGAGGUUUAAUUGCGGUGAAGAGCCUUGCGGGUAUGUUGGCAAAACGCGAGCUGACCUACUCAAGCACCUUCACCAGGAGCAUGACUUCAUGUUGCAUAAAGUCGAAGGUGAAUUCUACAAUCACGAUGACUACACCCUGUUCUUCGAGAGACUUCAAAAGGUGCACAAAGUUCGAUUUGUGAAGAAACGGGGCAGGGCCGUAGAGUCCACAACACAAUAUUUUGUUUGUAGUCGAGACGGCUUUACAAAGAGCAGCAAGGCGUUCAAACUCAAGGAGGCGGUCCGAAAGAGGAACUCAUCAUCACAUAAGAUUGGCACAUUCUGUACAGCCCAUGUCACCGUGCGGCACUUCGCCGAUGGACGCAUUACAAUCGAGGGUUAUACAACUCAUUAUAAUCAUCUGAUCGAAGGCAAACAUUUGGGUUUGUUGGAGUCCGAACGUCAGUUCAUCAAAUAUCACGCCCAGAUGGGCAUGCCCAUACGAGAUAUCAUUGAUUUAAUACAUCGAACAAUUGGGGCCUCAGUUGCUGAAGACGAUCCCUUGCGAUUUCUCAACUCGCGAACCGUACGAAACGUCAUCAACUCGGUUACUACGGAGGUUCCGCAGUCUGCUACAAAUUUGUUUGCUCAAGUAAACGGGCCCGACCGCCCGCAGGAAUUUCCGCGAGUAAUCCCUUCUGGGCAUAAAGGGCGUCGCGACGUGAGUUUGGUGGAUGUGGUGCGGGGUCAUACGCAGAGUCUUGAGGAAUCGUAUGAGAUUUUCAUUGAUGCUCAUGAACGAGACGAACUUGGCCGGGAAGAGUGGGGAAUUCGCAGUUCCAAAAGUUCCAUCAAGUACAAGGUCGAGCGGGUAUCCGAAAGGUGCUCGAUGGACGUGUUUAAUUAUGACCAGCCGUGCCCACUUACCUGUGUGCAUUGCCGCUGUUGCGCACACAUCUACGGCUGCAACUGUCCCAGCGGGAAAUUUGGAAAAAUGUGCCAGCAUGUGCACGCGAUUUGUCAGUACCUGCGGCGAAUAGGACGAGAACCCCUUGGACCGCAACAUCAACAAUCACUCAUCACUCACCCACAUCACCAGCAACAGCAGCAGGUGCUGGACGAAGAAGUUGUCCUCGAGAACGCAACAGAGAUAAUCCACCUUGGUGAAGCAGACGACACGCUUGGUGGUCAACAGCAAAUUGAACAUGUAGUACUGGAGGGACCCCAUGAUUCUCAGCAGACGAGAUACCAGCAACACCAAGCCCGACGUGGAGCUACCGUCAGUCUGGGUACUGCGAAGCAGCAGGUGGUUGAAAACUCUUUGGUGUUUCACGACUACGGUAGUCGGAAGGAUGGUGAAGCAAGCAAUUCUGUUGUGGACAAUACGUUUAUGCAACUUAUGGUCGACGUAAAGGAACAGAUUGCCCAAAUCGAUCAAGCCCUAGACGCUAGAGAUGCGCUUACAGCUAACAUGCACUUUAAUACUUUGAAGACCCUCAUCGUACGAGCGGAGGGACCCAAGAUGAUCGCCAUCGACACUAACCAUCCUCGCUAAAAGAUUUUUGUUACAGUAUUUACAACGAUC